AUGCCCUCCACCAAACCCCAAACGAUCAGCUUCCGCUCCCUCCCACCCGAGCUCCGAGCCAAGGUCUACAAGUACUACUUCCACAACCUCAACCUCGCAAGCCGAUUCGGCGCAACCAUCCCCAAGGCGUGGACCUCAGAGCUCGGCGCACGUGACCUCAGCGAACGGGAAUUCCAGCAUUAUGGCAUGCAGAAUUACACUAAUUCAACGCCAUCGAUGCCAGCGCAUGUGAUGCAACAAAAAUUACGUCUUGCGAGGCAACGUGUGUGUGGGGCGUGGCAGAGACUGGGACUGUAG